GGGUAUAAUUUUCCUCUUCGAUGCGAGCGUUGUGGAUCGCCAUUCCCGCGAGCAUCGCCAAUGCAGUUCCUCCUCAAUCGACGCAUUUCCAGCGCCGACGAUUCGUGCCCGAGCUGACAAGCACUGUGAUUACUUCUUUCACAGGGAGCAAGACUCGGCUUCCAAGAUUGUGGGCAGGGAAAGAGGGGAUUGGAGCCUUUUCGGUGCAGCAGUCUGUGGAUUUCAUCUCUUUCGAGGCAGGGAGCGAUGGUGCCGCCGGUGCUGUCAGCGAGAUCGAGAUGCAAAAGACGCUCCGACUGGUCGAGUGCGCGAUGCUUGCAUCGACCGCGGGUUUGGCGUAUUUCCUUAGCAACUUAUUUCGAUUCGAGUCUUACUUUGGAUGCUUCUUUCCACUUCCUAUUGUCAUCUCCGCGAUGAGAUGGGGCGCUGCCGCUGGUCGCAAAACAAUGGUGACCACAGCGUUGCUUCUUCUUGUCAUUGCUGGACCUCUCAAGGCUCUUUCUUACGUCCUCAUGCACGGAUUUCUCGGCGUUGCGAUGGGUGCGUUGUGGAGAUGGAGAAUCAACUGGGGCGUCUCCAUCCUUGCUUGUACACUGGUCCGUGCUGUUGGAGCGAUUGGUUUUGUGUUUCUGUCUUCCUGGCUGAUCAAGGAAAACAUCCUCAACUUGAUCACCAUAAACACCCAUGCUUCCCUCUCGUACAUGGUGGCGGCAAUGGGGAUCAACAUCUCGCUUACAAUGCCGACCAUCUAUGCUGUGUUCACGUCCUUGGUAAAGUCUCCCCCAGUUUUAGAUCGAACGCUGACCUUUCUUCGUAUUGUCCAGCUUAUCGUGAACUGCGCAUCGUUUGUGUUCCUCCUCCAUGUUUUGUACGCGAUUAUUCUUCAGGGCCUGGGAAUCAAGUCGUCACUGGCGGUUCCUGGCUGGAUGUCGAGAUCCAUGUAAGAUCAAAGGAUGCUUACCCGGAGUUCAUCCUUGUACAGUCACGAUUUUUUGGCGUUGACAUAAAAAUCUGGGAUGGUGGAGAAUCCAGCUUUAGAGCAA